AUGGCGGCCCUGACCCAAAGCGCCAUUGACGCGCUGCUGGGCGUGCUGACGACGGCGAUCCCGGACGAGGCGCGGCUGAUCGGCGGCGUCCACAGCGACAUGAAGUUCAUCAAGGACGAGAUGGACAGCAUGAACGGCUUCCUGCUGCACCUGAACAAGAUGGAGAGCGAGCACGACGACCAGCUCCGCGCCUGGAUGAAGCAGGUGCGCGAGGUGUCCUACGUCGCCGAGGACUGUGUCGACCGCUACAGGCGCGUCUCGGGUCGCUACGGCGAGGGCUGGGGCGGCGGAGGGUGCGCGGGCACCCGCACCCUGGCCUUCGUCCUCAAGCACCCCAAGGCGUAUUGCCAGCUCCACAAGCUCGGCAAGCAGAUCGCCGAGCUCAAGGCCCGCGUGCACGACGUCGGAGAGAGGCGGCAGCGCUACGACGUCAACGUUCCGACUGGCCGUGAUCUCAAGAUGGUGCAGAACAAGCUGCCUGACCAAGAGGAGGAGAAGAGGGAGGCUUUUGUACACGCGCUGGAGAAAGACGUCGUCGGCACCCCUGGCUGGUUUCGGUCCACGGAGCCGGCCCCUGCCCCGGCCCUGGCCACGGCCCCGGCCUCGGCCUCGGACCCAGCCCCGGCCCCUGCCUCUGCACCGGACCCGGACCCGCUUGAUGCCCUGCUGCUUGAGGACGCUCUUGUUGGCCAGCUUCCUAGUCCCGUAAGACCAUCUGAAGCUGCCAUGAUGCGUGCUCUUCUCAAGAAAUGCUGUCCUCCGGACCAUCCGCGUGAAGCUAAUGCUAAUGCUGAACUUGAUCUUGAUCCUUGUGAAGCUAAUGCUAAAGCUGAACUUGAUCUUGAUCCUCGUGAAGCAGCGGCAUUCAGAUGCACCAGGAAGAUGUUUCUUUGUGCUAUGUAUGUCUACCCUUACCCGACCAGUCAAGAGCUGAAGAAGCUCAAGGACAAGGUGGUGGGAGUGACUGAGCAAGAGCUGAAGGAGCUCAAGGACAAGGGGGACGAGGUGGGAGUGGAGGCACCUGGACCUGGAGUAGUAGGAGCACAAGAGGCCAGGAGACAAGUCAUGAUCUUCUGCUACAGCAUACUGACCACCCAGCAGAAGAGCUGCCUACUGUACCUGACCGCGUUCUUCCACGAGAAGGAGAUCAGCAGGACAAGCAUGGUCAGGCGCUGGGUCGCCGAAGGGCUUGUAGGCAAAGAGCCAGGAGGAGGGAGGACCACUACUACUCCAGAAGAAGCAGGCGAGCGCUGCUUCCGUGAGCUUCUCCUCCGAGGCUUCAUUCGUGCUGCUCGCUGGAGCGAUGCCGGCACGGUCAAGAGCUGUGUCAUGGAUGACCCAGUCCGCGACUUCAUCGACGGCAUCACCAAGAGCGAGAACUUCGUCGCUGAGCUGCCGGCCCACCUGGAUCGCCAGCUCAACAUCCGAAGCAUAGUUCAACGUCGUGCCUCCAUGCCACCGCCGCCGCCGCCGCCGCUGGAUUGGUUCGAUGAGGGACAUGGAGACACUAUCCCACGUCCAGGUUUCCAUGGACGGAGCCGAGCUGCAAGGGGUCGCCAAGCUGCACCAACUGCGGAAGCUCGGCGUGGUCGUCCAUGCCAACACUACCACUGCCGCACUUCUGGGUCGAGUAAUAUACAUGCUAGCUGCAAACUUGCGCUCCUUGUCAAUUUGGGUCGCCAUCGCCGUCCCCACACCACCACCCACCCCACCAUCCAGCAGGGCGGCGGCACCGGCAUUCUCGACAUUUCCUCCAUGUAUGAAAUGGCCUCCAGUUUGGCCCUCGAGAACCUAGACAUCAAGGGAAAGAUGAGCCUCCCUUCAUGGAUCGGAAGGGCCUCGAAGCUAGCCAACGUCACUCUACGCGACACUGAGAUGGAUGGAGGAGAUGCUUUGAGGAGGCUUGCCACUGUCCAGAGCCUACGCUGCCUCAAGCUCAGCCGCAAGGCGUUCACCGAGCAAGCGCUCCGCUUCAAGGACGUCCAGUUCCAAGCUCUCAAGUUCCUCGUCGUCGAAGGUGACGCCGUCAUCCGAAUCGCCUUCUUCGCCGGCGAUGCAGCUCCUAAGCUCGAGAAGAUUGUCUGGACCAUCGGCGGUGGCAGCAAGAUAGCACAAAUGUACAAUGAGGACCUCAUCACCGGAAUCGACCACCUUCCCAGCCUAAAGGAGAUUGAACUUAGGGCCAGCUUCAACCUGGCCAAUAGCCGCAAACCACUUCUUCAGCGUGCACACCAGAUCUGA